UCGGACAAUUAAUUCAUCCGUUCGUUUAUUCAUCCACACGAACUCGUCCAAUCAACCUUGAUGGUUUGUUUACAACGCAACAACCCAUCACAAAUAUCAGCUCUUUAAUAAAUUAUCACCCAACUUAACAUUACUCCAAGUUAACGAACUUAAUCCGCAAAACUAGUUUAUCUCGUUCAAAGUACAGAGGUCGCGUUCCUUCAAACCAAAUCCCUAAAACUGGCGAUUAGCUGUUUUUUUUUUCGUUCGAUAUGUUUCACGUGAUUCGGAUGCAGCACAGUGCGGAAAACCAGUUUUUUUGAAGUUGACGAAAAUGGCAACCAAAGUACUUCGCAGUAUGGAGCAAGCCCUCGAUGCCAAACAGCAGGUGACCUCCCCCGAAGACACAGAGGACCUCUCGCCGCUGCCCAACCACAGCCAGCAGCCGGUACGCCGCCGCGGCGGCAUUUCGGCCGAGCCCGUCACCGAGGAGGAUGCCACCAGCUACGUGAAGAAAGUGGUCCCGAAGGACUACAAGACGAUGGCGGCGCUGUCGAAGGCGAUAGCCAAGAACGUGUUGUUCUCUCACCUGGACGAGAACGAGAGGUCGGAUAUCUUUGACGCGAUGUUCCCGGUCACGUGCCUGCCCGGCGAGGCGAUCAUCCAGCAAGGCGACGAAGGUGAUAAUUUCUACGUCAUCGAUCAAGGCGAAGUCGAGGUCUACGUCAACAAUGAACUCGUCACCACGAUCGGGGACGGCGGCAGCUUCGGCGAGCUGGCGCUCAUCUACGGGACCCCGCGAGCCGCCACCGUCAAGGCCAAGACGGACGUGAAGCUCUGGGGGAUCGACAGGGACUCGUAUCGCAGGAUCCUGAUGGGGUCGACUAUACGCAAGCGGAAGAUGUACGAAGAGUUCUUGUCGAGGGUAUCCAUUCUCGAAAAUUUAGAUAAGUGGGAGCGUCUGACGGUCGCCGACGCCCUGGAACCCGUCAGUUUCGAGGACGGGGAGACGAUCGUGCGGCAGGGGGAGCCGGGGGACGAUUUUUAUAUCAUCGUAGAGGGCACGGCUAGUGUUAAACAGAAUAGGGCGGAGGGGGAAGAACCGACCGAGGUGGGUAGACUGGGACCAAGUGACUAUUUCGGGGAGAUAGCGCUCCUGCUGGACAGGCCACGGGCCGCCACCGUGGUGGCGUGCGGACCCUUGAAGUGCGUGAAGCUCGAUAGGGCACGGUUCGAGAGGGUGCUGGGACUGUGCGCGGAUAUUUUGAAGAGGAAUAUAACGCAGUACAAUAGCUUUGUGUCACUUUCUGUGUAAUUACUAACCGGUAACUUAUAUUGUGAGUCACUGAGAAGACGUCAAAAAAUUUUUUAGCGCUCCGGCCGCCGUGUCGGCGCAAAAAUCAAAGUACCUGUGUUCGAAUAGGUUGUGUUCUGUUACUGCUUUGCGGCCCACCUGUUGCAUUUUAAUUGUUUCCACAGAAUUCUCUCUGUGACUCACUUAUAAAUUGUUUAUAAUUAUACCUUAUGAAACCGACUCAGCCAAAUUAAAGUCUUCUUUAGUAGCUUUCUUUAAAUAGACUUGUAAUAUACUUAUUUAUUUCAAGCUUUGUAUUAUACGGUUGUUUUUUAAAUAAAAUUUUAAGUGUUACAUUUAAAGAAAUUUUUAUCACGGUGUUGUCAUUUAGGCUUUAGUUCCUUUAUUCAAGUGUUUUUCCUCAUUUUGGGGUUUGAGUGUAGCGGAAUCGACAGUGCUCAAAAUUCACCACAGACCAUGGGACAGAUGUUCAGUGUGCACUCUAACCUUAAAACCUAUUUAAGUUUAUAGUUUUUAUUAUUAAAAUGCCAAACUUUAGUGCUUACUAAGUAAGGUAAAAAUUGACCAAUAGAGUAAUCCACUAGGUUACGUCAUUAAUCAAAGUCGCGCCAUCACCUGAAAACGUCUACACUGGGUCAUCUUGGUUUCAGAAAGAAAAAAUGUUACAUUUUUAGGAGAAUAGUGGGUUUAAGUUAACGUAAAAGAUUGGGAAAUUUUUACUGAGUGUAUCAUACACAGUAUUAUCUUUUUUGUGUUGGUAAACUGUGCCCGCACAUAAAGUUCUUUUUUCAGAGCUUUGUAUGCGGCACUGUGUUAAAAAACUCCAGAUUUUGUGUGAAAUUUGUAAAUGUACAUUACCGACUUUCACAUACAUGUGCAGUAAAUUGUUUUACAAACGUGAACUUCCUGUUAAGCAAAGACUAUUUUGUUUCAUGAUGUAUAAAUAAAAAAAAAAGAAUAAAUAAAAUGUAAAAUCAG